GAGAGCACCAGGGCUGUCGGCACAGCAGCAAACACCGACAGCCCCGCAUGCAGCAAUCUGCUAAUGUAGUCCGGCGUUGAGAUUUUCACUGCAAGUCGUAUUUUUCAUCCCUCCAAGUACUGUCCACUUGGACGACACAAUGAGCUGCAGCAGCGUUGCAGAGUCUGAGUUUUCAGAGGAAGAGUUGGACCUCAGCGCACUUGGCCAAGCCAAGAACCAAAGAAGUCCAAAGACGUCAUUUCAAGACAGCGAGAGCUCAACUAGCAGCCCAAGCGACCCGGAGGAGAGCCAGACCAAAAAACGGAAUAGGCCAGUCCGCUCCAAAGCUCGACGAGUGGCAGCCAAUGUCCGUGAGAGAAAACGCAUCAUGGACUACAACCAGGCCUUCAAUGCUCUCCGUGUUGCUUUGAAUCAUGACCUCAGUGGCAAACGGCUCUCAAAGAUCGCCACGCUGCAAAGGGCCAUCAAUCGCAUUUCGGCUCUCUCUGUAUUCCUGAGCACGCACCCUCCCAGCAAGCCUUGCACCCAUCGGGAGUGCAACAGGUCACUGGUGGGGCCAGCAGCGAUGGCAGCAUCUCGACUUGAGCCAACCGGGGGUACCAUCCCUCGACUGGAGCAUCAGAGUUUCGCUCCCUGGCAUGCGUCCAUCUCUCACCAGAUGCAGCCACAAGAGGGGCCACACAUGCACAGGCUGGCUGUGGAGCCGCACGUCUACAUGGAUAAUGGGAUCUCUUCGUGUCCCCCUUCACCACACUACCCUUGUUAUCCUACAGAGGGACAAUUUUAUGCCUCACACGACCACUGUGGCAGCCCGCAUGACCGUCCGACUAGCCCUCUGCGAUACUCUCAGGUGGGUGACGGGUUGGGGUAUCAGCCCGGAAUGUGGGGCUCCUGCUCUCAAGGGUAUAUAGACACUCUUGUGGAGCAUUGGGACAUCCCUGGCAGAUGAACUAUUUGCAGGAACUUGAGCACAACCUCUCUGCGGGCUCAGACAGACUGUAACAGGACUUGUGACUGCUAUGGACACCAGUGGACAGUUCAAUGAUCUCAGGGAAGAGUUUGAUGAUUUUUUUUUUUUGGGGGGCGUUGUUUCUGAUGAUUAAAUCAACUCAGUGUUACAAUUUGCUCUCGUCAAAUAUACCGUAUUUUUCCGCACUAUAAGACACACC